CGCCGACCACUUCACCCGCAUCCAUUACGCAGCUCGCAGCCAUGUCCCGCCCGCUCGCGAACUUUGCCCGCGCCGCGGCGCGCUCUCCCCUCGCACCUUUCGUUUCUUCUGCGCCGGCACGCAGCAUCCUGACGGCGGCAGCGGCCGGCUCGACGCGCAAGCCGACGGGCGGCGCGAUCGGCGGCGUCGACCCCCGCAUCCUCAACGGCCUCCCGAGCUUUAUCGGCGCUGAGCAGUUCGACCGGCUGAACGAGUGGCAGGCGGGCCUGUGGGAGCGGUUGCAAGGCGAGGUCAGGAACAAUCCGGGCCUUUCGCCAAUCAAGCUCAAGUGGGACAACGACAAGCUGCACAUGACCGACCUGCUGGCGCUGAGCGCGCGCGAGCCCUCGCUCGCCCUCGCGUUCAACUACGCCUCGCUCCUCCUCAACAACUCGUACUUCCUCGAGGGCUUGAACGCGGACGCGGCCAAGCCUGUCCCAGACCACUUCCAGGCGCUCGAGGACCGUGUCGCCGCGUACGCCGACGGCAUCGUUGGCUCGGGAUGGCUGUGGAUCGUCAAGGCCGGCGACGGGCUCGCCGACAUCGACGUCGUGCCAACGUACGGCGCCGGCACCCUCCUCGUUACCAUGCGCCAGCAGCGCGGACGGCAGGACACCCUCCCCGUCUUUGGCACGCCCGCCACUUCGGGCGACCUGUCUCCCGCCCCCGCCCCCGAGGCCGAGUCCUCCCCGGAUGCCCCCCCUCCCAGGCAGAACCCUAGCGCCGCCGGCCGUCGCGCUGGCUCCGAGGCGACACCUCUCGCCGUCCUCAACCUCUUUGAGCACGCAUACCUCGGUGACAAGUACGGCGUCUUCUCGCGCGGCCAGUACGCGCGUGACUGGUUCCGCACCCUCGACUGGGACAAGGUCUCGAAACGUACCGCCUCCGCUGGGACCUGGUAGACACGACGACAUGCAUUGCAUCGCAGCUCAG